CGGGGUGUGUCACGCGGUGCGGGUGAGGCGGAGAUCACAUGAACGGUGACGCGAAGGUUGUGCGGGUCAUGUGACCGGCAGUUGCACGGAGAUGGCGGAUCGGGGGAACCCAUUUGGUGAGAUGGACAAUCCGUUUCAGGACCCGGCUGUGGUAGAACAUCGCCCCGGUAACCAGUUUGCCACCCUUGACGUCUACAACCCGUUCGAUAACCAGGGGAUCCCACCCCCGUACCAUGAACCGUCCGCAUUUCAGGCUCCGGCUACUCUCCCUACAGCCACGGCACAGCCAGCCGCCCCCGCGGUGAGGAAGAUCAGCCCGACCGAACCCAAAAACUAUGGAUCAUAUGGAACCCAGGAAACCGCAGCUGCAGCCACAGCGGAUCUUCUGAAGCAUCAGGAGGAGCUGAAUCGGAAAGCGGAAGAGCUGGACCGGCGGGAGCGAGAAUUACAGAAUGCUGCUCUGGGGGGAUCUGCAGGAAGGCAGAAUAACUGGCCUCCGUUGCCAUCCUUCUGCCCCGUCCAGCCUUGUUUCUACCAGGACAUCAGUGUGGACAUCUCACAGGACUUCCAGAAGACCGUGAAGAUCAUGUACUACGUGUGGCUGGUCAGUGCGGGCACAUUACUGCUGAACUUCCUGGGGUGUCUGGCCUGGUUCAUCUCGGACGGUAGUCAGGGCACCGGAUUCGGCAUAUCCAUCCUCUGGAUUAUCCUCUUCACGCCGUGCUCCUUCGUGUGCUGGUACAGACCUUUGUACAAGGUGUUCAAGACUGACAGCUCUUUCAAUUUCUUCGUCUUCUUUUUCAUCUUCUUUGUCCAGGAUAUUCUCUAUGUCCUGGAUGCCAUCGGCAUCCCCGGAUGGGGGAUCAGCGGCUGGAUCGCUGCCUUUACCGCCUUGAAGAACAAUGUUGCCGUUGGGGUGUUAAUGAUCAUAGUUGCGGUUUUACUUACUGGGACGGCCACCCUGGGGAUCAUCAUGCUGAAGAGGGUCCACUCGAUUUACCGCCGAACCGGCGCCAGUUUCCAGAAGGCUCAGCAGGAGUUUGCCGCCGGUGUCUUCUCUAAUGAAACCGUGCGCAACGCAACCACCCAAGCAGCAGCGGGAGCCGCUCAAAAUGCCUUCAAGCCCCAAUAGAGGAAUCGGUCGUAGCACCAUCUUGCUGCUGCACACCGCUCUGCCGGGACCGG